UGGCCGCCAUUUGCCAACUAGAAAUUGUCGAGAACGCAUCGUUUUUAGAAUUAAGAAAUACGAAAAUUAAAUUAAAUAAAAUGGAGCACUGCCGUACUCCGACCAACAAGAAAAACUACACCUUCAAUCGCACUCCAACGAUGAAGGAGCGGCGGUGGAACACCCUGAACGUGAGCAACACCAGCGUUCGCUGCUCCACGCCCAUCUUUGGGGACUUCCGAUCGCCCAAUCUCUCGCCGAUCGAGGGCAUGGGUCCGAAGAAAAGUCCCGUGUCACCCAUGCGCUUUGAAGCAUUCAAGAAGCCGCCAAUGAAGUUGGAUAUACAUCAGCCGCAAAAGCACCACAAUAAGAUCAUAAAUCGCACGGAGCUAAAGCCUCCGAUUUUCGUACUGCCCCAGCCGCAGGAAGAGAUUAUGGAGCAUAAACAAUGGGAAUCGGAACGUGAAAAGGAGAUGAAGAGCAAUAGCAGCAGCAGCCCGGAUACCUGUUCAGAUGACUCCAAUUUGGAGACCUCCCUAACCGUGGAGUCACGCCGCCGCUCCAUUACAGCCUCCAAUCACUCGUAUGUGGUGAAUCAUGCCCGAAAUGUGGAGCAGGUACUUGUGCACAUUGGUCUGGAGAACUAUGUCCGUCACUUUGAGAAGGCUCACAUUGAUUUGGUGACCCUGGCCUCCAUGGGACGCGAGGAUCUGGCCAAAAUUGGCCUCAACGCCGAUGAGGAUUGCAAUCGCAUUAUGGAUGCCAUCAAUGCUCUUUAAGUCUUUUUGAUAUAUAUUUUGAAAUGUGUUUUAUGUGAAGAAAGUUUAUGCUAUGUUGGAUCUCGAGGAUUAAUAAUAGGAUUAUGAGAAAAUGUUUGUGAACGACCUGGUGUCUGCAUAUUAUAUUUUGUUAGUUUAAGAAUAAAUGUAUACCCAAAGAA